ACUCGCUGUCUAGGAAAAAGGACACAGCGGAGCAUGGGAAGCUGCUAAGGCUGACACUCAGGUGGGGCGGAUCGGAAGCGGCUCUCACCCUGGCUGGGAAGUUAUGAAGAACUCACUGAGCGGGAGGAAACCAAAGUCAGCAUUGCUGUGGGCCACCAAGGAACCUCCAGGUGCGCUUGAGCUGGGAAUCAAAAACUACCAGAAAAGAAGAUGGUGGCAGUGACAGACAUUCCAAACACUCACUGGCAGUUCUUGCUGUUCAGGCACAGGCUGCUGUAAAGCAGACCUCAGGGGACGAUGGUCAACAAAACCAGGAUUAAUUCUACCCAGGGGCUGGACGCAUCAGGGGUGUCCCAGUUUCAGGAGGCCAUCGGCAUUUUCUUCAUGGUCAUGCUGAGCGUCAUUGCCUUGGUGGCCAACACAGCUGUCAUGGUUGUCAUCCUCAAGACACCCCUUCUGAGAAAGUUCAUCUUUGUCUGCCAUCUCUGUCUAGUUGAUCUGUUGUCAGCCAUUUUCAUCAUGCCACUGGGGAUCAUCUCCAGCUCAACCUGCUUUAACAGAGUAUUAUACAGCAUUGCAGAAUGCCAGACCCUGAUCUUCCUGAACGUUUGCUUCAUCAGUGCCUCCAUCCUCACCAUCUCUGUUAUCAGCAUCGAGCGGUACUACUACAUCGUCCACCCCAUGAGAUAUGAAGUCAAGAUGACGACUCGGCUGGCAGCCACUGUUGUGCUUUUCAUCUGGAUUAAGUCCAUCCUUGUGGCCGCGCUGGCGCUGGUUGGCUGGCCCCAAGACAAUGGCGCUAGCAGUGCCAGCAAGUGCACUGUCUCCUGGAGCCCUGGGGCCCACAAGAAGAUCUUUGUGAUCAUCUUCAGCAUUCUCUGCUUCAUCCUGCCCACCUUGAUCAUCUUCGGUGUCUAUGGCAGCAUCUACAAAGUGGCCCGGAUUGCAUCCUUGCAGCAUGUUCCUGCCCCAUCCUGGACGGCCACUCCCAGGCAAAGGUCAGACUCCAUUCACAGCCAAGUCACUAUCAUCACAACCAGGAAUGCACCUCCCAGGAUGACUCCAGAACGUUUGUUUGGUGGGAAUAAAGCUGCCCUGACACUGGUCCUGAUUGUAGGCCAGUUCCUCUGCUGUUGGCUCCCAUUCUUCUCCUUCCACCUACACUGCUCCGUUACUUCUGUCUCUUCCAUCCCUGACUAUGGUGAGAUCAUUGUGACCUGGCUUGCCUAUUCCUCAUUUGCUAUCAACCCCUUUUUCUAUGGCUUACUGAACCGUCAAAUAAGGGAAGAGCUGGCUAAGCUGGGUCGCCACUGCCUCAGCAAGCCCCUGAGUCAGGAGCUGUGCAUCUCCAGCCCAGAAGGCUCCACCCAUGAGAACUUUCUGCAGUUCCUGCAGAGGACCAGUUGCACAAUAGAGACCCGUUCCAGCUACAUCAAUUCCAGCCCAAGGAACACUCUGGAUCAGACUGCCACGGGAUUCCGAAUUCCAGGACAAAUCCCAGAAGAAACCAACUGA